AUGACCUAUCAGCCCUCUCAAUCCCCUAUCAUGCGACAGCUACCAGCCAAAAAGGCGCUUGCAUGCCAGCUGCUGGGUAAGUUUGACAUGAGAGACAUGUUUAAGGAAGGAGACAUUAUGAUAGGUGGAAUCUUUCCUAUAUUUAACAAACAGGAGAAUAUUCUUGCUUCAUUUGAAAACAAACCACCUAAAGCUGAAUGUAAAGGAUUUGACUUACGAGCCUUUCGCUGGACUAGAACCAUGAUGUUUGCAAUAGAAGAAAUAAAUCAAGAUGCGAAAUUGCUUCCUAACGUCACUCUUGGCUAUAAAAUGUUAGACUCUUGUGCAUCUCCUACUAAUGUAUUGCGAGCUGCACUCACUCUAGCGAGCAUAUCAGAGAAAAAUAAUUCUUCCUCUCAAUGUCAUCCACCUCCUCUAUCAGCUGUUGUAGCUGAAUCAGGUUCUACCCAGUCUUUAGUUGUGGCCGGGGCAGUUGGGCCAUUCAGAGUACCAGUGGUGAGUUACUUUUCAACAUGUGCAUGUUUAAGUGACAAAAAUAAAUAUCCAACAUUUUUCCGAACAAUACCAAGUGAUUAUUACCAAGCAAAGGCUUUGGCUUUCCUCGUCAAACGUUUUGGAUGGACAUGGAUUGGAGUCUUACAAUCUGACAAUGAUUAUGGACGUAAUGGAAUAUCAGCAUUCACAAAGGAAGUGGAGGCUCAUGGUGUCUGCAUUGCAUUUGUUGGCACAGUUUUACGGACAUAUCCCCGAAGCAAAAUCCUUGAAGUUGUUGAAAUGAUAAAACAAUCAACUGUCAAAGUGAUUCUUGCAUUUGUCCCAGAGGGAGAUCUCUAUCCCUUAAUGAUAGAAGUGGUAAAACAGAACAUUACAGGAAUACAAUGGAUUGCAAGUGAAGCAUGGGUAACUGCAGACCGACCUUCCACUCCAGAAAUGUUCAAAUCUUUUGGAGGAACAAUAGGAUUUGUGGUCCGAAAGAUGGCCAUACCCAAACUGGGACCAGUUCUCAAAGAUAUCAGCCCUUAGAAUGGCACAAAAACAUGCUCAGGAGCUGAAACAGUGGAUUAUACGAACAAAUUCUUUGAUGUCACACAACUUAGAGUGGCAUAUAAUGUUUACCAAGCAGUAUAUGCAAUCGCUCAUGCAUUACAUCAGGUAAUGUUUUGUGAAAAACCUGAGACCAAUGUCUCGAAACUGUGUCUUCCUCUGUUACAGAUAACCCCAAAUAUGUUAACUGAACAGUUGAAAAAAGUACAUUUUGUGGAUGCAUUUGGAGAGCUAGUGUUCUUUGAUGAGAAUGGAGAUCCACCUGCCUCAUAUGAAGUCAUUAACUGGCAGAUGAGAGAUGGCCAAGUGCAGCAUAUUCCAGUCGGCCAUUUUAGCACCUCUGAAAAUGGAAAAUAUGUACUUGUGAUUAAUGAAGACAAGAUUAUCUGGAGAACAGGAAAUUUGACUCCAAAAGCUGUUUGCUCAGAAAUCUGUCCACAAGGCACAAGGAAAGCGCAAAUAAAAGGUUUCCCUCUGUGCUGCUUUGACUGUAUCCCAUGUGCUGAUGGCUCUAUAUCAAAUACAACAGGAGCAGCAGAUUGCAUCACCUGUCCUGAAGAGUAUUGGUCUAAUGAACGAAAAGACAGCUGCAUUUUGAAAAUAACAGAGUUUCUUUCAUACACUGAAACAAUGGGGAUUGUUCUAAUAGCUGUGUCACUAUUUGGUGCCUGUUUAGCAUUUUGUACUAUGGUGAUUUUCAUACACUUUAGAGACACACCAAUAGUUAAAGCAAAUAAUUCAGAGCUGAGCUUGCUGUUACUGCUCUCACUUAUAUUUUGCUUCCUCUGUCCACUGACAUUCAUCGGUGAGCCCACAGUCUGGUCCUGCAUGUUGCGUCACACAGCAUUCAGCAUUGCCUUUGCCCUCUGCAUUUCCUGUAUGCUGGGGAAAACUAUAGUUGUGGUAACUGCCUUCAGAGCAACAUUACCGGGGAGCAAUGUGGCAGGAAAGUUUGGACCACCUCAGCAAAGGGCCAUUGUGUGUUCAUGCACAGCAGUUCAAAUAGUUAUUUGUAUUCUUUGGCUAAAUGUUGUGCCACCAUUCCCAGAUAAGGUUUUUGAGCAACGCAGUAAAAAAAUAAUUUUAGAAUGUAACACAGGCUCAGAUACUGCGUUUUAUGCUGUUCUAGGAUACAUUGGCCUUCUUGCCAUAGUUUGUUUGGUCCUGGCUUUUUUAGCCAGAAAGUUACCUGAUAAUUUUAAUGAAGCCAAAUUCAUCACAUUCAGUCUGCUUAUAUUCUGUGCAGUUUGGAUCACAUUUAUUCCAGCUUAUGUCAGCUCUCCUGGGAAGUACACAGUAGCUGUAGAAAUUUUUGCAAUUUUGUCUUCAGCUUUUGGCCUACUGAUAUGCAUUUUUGUACCAAAAUGUUACAUCAUUUUAAUCAAACCAGAGAGAAAUACAAGAAAACAUGUAAUGGGCAAAAAUCCAAAAGUUACUUAA